UCUGUGUGCUGCUGUUGACUGCUGACACAUGUAAACACCCUUGAGUCCGGCUCAGGUGCUCUUUGUCUUUGUCCGUGGCUGUCAUCGGAUCAUGCUCCGGUCGUGCUGUGUUUACGGCACAGGGAUCCUCUGCGUGCUGCUGUUAAUCGCCGGGAUUGCGAUGGCUUUGACGCACGUCUUUCAGAAGCUCAUAAACAAGACAAUAAAAGAGCAAAUAGUCCUUGAAAAUGGAACCGAGGCGUUUUCGGUGUUUCAAAACCCACCGCCGCCAGUUUACAUGCAGUUUUACUUCUUCAAUCUGACCAAUCCUGCUGAGGUUCUGAACGGAGACAAACCCUUCGUCCUGCAGGUCGGCCCGUACACAUACAGGGAGUAUCGGCCGAAGGAGGAAGUGAAAUUUCUGGACAACGGGACCAGAGUUCAGGCUGUCAAUCCGAAGACGUACGUGUUUGAGCCCAACAUGUCACGCGGAUCUGAGGACGACAUCAUCCGAACGGUCAACAUCCCUGCUGUGACUGUGAUGGAGAAAACCAAAGAUCGAUGGUUCGAAGGCUUAGUCAGUGCCUUGAUGAAGUCAAUAGGUGUUGGUGUUUUUGGGACGUUCAGGGUCGGUGACCUGCUCUGGGGUUAUGAAGAUCCGCUGCUUAAACUAAUCCAGAAAUUUAUCACAAUGGAUGACCACUUUGGGCUUUUUUAUAAUAAAAAUGGCACAUAUGACGGUGAUUAUAUUUUCUUCACGGGGAAGCAGAAUUAUCAGGACUUUGCUCGUAUCGACAAGUGGAACGGAAACAGUACGUUGAGCUGGUGGAGCACAGAAGGGUGUAACAGGAUCAACGGCACUGACGGAGCAUCUUUCCAUCCAGUCAUCACAAAAACAGAGAAACUCUAUAUAUUCUCCUCUGAUCUGUGCAGGUCUAUAUAUGCACAGUACGAGUCUGACGUGAGCGUACGAGGGGUUUCUGGUUUCCGCUUUGUCCCUCCCAGCGAGGUUUUCGCCAAUGUUACGAUUAACCCGGAUAACGCAGGCUUCUGUGUGCCGGCCGGGAACUGUCUCGGCUCCGGCCUCCUCAAUGUCAGCGUCUGCAAAGACGGUGCGCCCAUCAUCAUGUCCUCCCCUCAUUUCUACCAGGCAGAUGACAGAUUCGUCCAGGACGUGUUCGGGAUGAAUCCCAACAAGGAGGAGCACGAGACGGUCGUCGACGUCAACCCACUCACUGGGAUGUUGCUUCGGGUUGAGAAGCGUGUUCAGCUGAACGUCUACCUGCAUCAGAUCCAGGGAUUCAGUCAAACUGGCAAGAUCCGGACGCUGGUGUUUCCAGUGAUGUACCUUAAUGAGAGCGUCCUUAUUGAUGAGGAAUCUGCCAAGAAGCUGUACGCAGUUGUUACCGAGGCUAAUGUGAUCAUCAACAUCCCCUUCAUAGUGAUCAGUGUAGGCAUCUUACUGGGCAUCAUCUUCAUCGUGCUCAUGUGCAGACAACAGACGUCACCGAGCACUGAGGCCGAGCGGCAACCACUGCUUUCAUCGUAAACUCCCAGACGUCAUGAGGAACCAACAUGCGCUUAGACAUUGAGCUUGAUUUCAUUUUCACACGGCUAGAGUCGGUUCAAGGAGCAUCGGUGCAUGCAGCAGACAACUCAAAGUGCAAAGUUUCUCUCUGGUCACCUGGCCACAGAUCCAGGUCUUUUAAACAUGUUUUUAAUGCUUCAGAUGAUUGAUUGAGUAUCACAGAACCAUAUAUCGCAUGCAUGUCUAAUUCAGCCAAUGAGUUUAACGUGCUAAACUGAAUUAUAUAUCAGAAAACACUAAUAGAGACAGCAGAUGUGAUGCAACACGUUACACAUCAGUGCUUGAGAUAUUGAUGUCACCUGUACACAUCACAACAAUAUUAAUACACUUAUGCAAUUGCCAUGAGCUUAUCUGACAAAAUAAACUGACAGUGGGGCCAGCUCAUUCUGAUUUCAGGACUAAUGUAAGUUUUAGUCUGCUUCACGGCAAUCUGACAGUCAAUAAUGUGCCACAUGCAUUGUAAAAUCACUAAAUGCUUUUUUUUUUUAAAUGACCAAACAACUUGGUUUGGUGCCAUGAUGUAUUUGCGCAUGUUUUGUCCUCUGCCAUAUAUGUGAUUUUCUUAGAUGCAAACCAAGAUUUUAAUGGUACAUUGGCUCAAUAAUGUUUUUAGAGUCAGCUAAUAACACUUCUGACAAUAUAUCUGAAAGAAAUUGACCAUAAUCACUAAUUUAAACUCUGUUUGCAACGCUACAAUUUCUUGAAUAACCAGACACAACCUUGUUUUCAGUGUUCAGUAAAUGCAGUAUCAAGUGUUUCAUCAGUAUUACCACAGCAUUGAGACGAUUUGUUUUCUUAAAUGUAUCAGUUUCCUGAAUAUAUUUAAUGUUCAUGUACUGAUUGGUUUCAUUUUUAUUUUUGUUUGUGUUUAAUAAACAAAAUUCAAUUCA